UGUCCCGCGAGGGCCUCUAGGCCCGUUACCGGUCGUCCCUCGCUUGCCUUUCCUCCAAAACCCUAGCCCUCUCCCCGACUCUCUCCUAAAGCCCUGCUGCAAGAGCGGGCAAGAGCCGGAGAAGGCAACGCCCACCUCUCUCGUGGCCGUGGACUUCCACUUCCCUCUGACUCCAAAGCAAAAACCUGGUAUAACUCUACAGCUUCGCCGUUGAUCCGCUCCUCUGCUGCGCGCCGGAGAUGAAGAACCUGAAGCUUUCUUCCCAGCAGUCGGUGCAGCUCGAUCUGCAAUUCGAGGGAGAAACCCUUCUCCUCUCCGCUUUCGACAUCGAGCACAACCGUAUUUUCUUCGCCUCCUCGGCCAACGUUAUCUAUACUCUCCAACUUCCUUUAUCUCAACAUCUAUACGAAAAGGGAGUGCCAUGGAGCAAAGCCCUUUUAUCGUCAGAACCUGAGCCUAUAGAUUUGGAACCAGGGGACUCCAUAGUUGCAAUGGAUUAUUUGAUAGAGAAGGAGGCACUGAUGGUGGGUACUUCAAGUGGCUGCCUGGUACUACUUAUUAUGGACAGCAGAAUGACUGAACUUAUCGGGAGGGUGGAGGGUGGUGUGAAGAGCAUUGCUUCUAGUCCAGAUGGAGCACUUUUCGCUGUAACAACUGGUUCAGGACAGUUACUAGUCAUGACUCAUGACUGGGAAGUACUGUAUGAAACUGCACUUGACCCUCAACUUUCCGAUAAUGUGUUCAUGGAUGACAUGGAUGGUUCUCCUGGCAAUGGGUUCCAGAGUUCCAUUUCUUGGCGAGUUGAUGGGAAAUAUUUUGCUACUCUUGGUGGAGUUCAUGAUUCUUCUUCUUUGCAAAAGCUUAGGGUUUGGGAACGAGAAUCUGGAAUGUUGCAUUCUGCUUCAAACUCCAAGACCUUUAUGGGGAAAACCUUAGACUGGAUGCCAAGUGGAGCUAAGCUGGCGGCUGUAUGUGACAGGAGGGCUGAAAACAAAUGUCCUCUUAUUGUCUUCUUUGAGAAGAAUGGAUUGGAGAGGAACUCCUUUUCCAUUGACGAGCCAGCAGAGACGACAAUUGAGAUCUUAAAAUGGAAUUGCAAUUCAGACCUUCUUGCUGCUUCUGUUACUUGUGAUCAGUAUGAUGCUAUUAAAAUUUGGUCUUUUAGCAACUACCAUUGCUACUUAAAACAAGAAGUAAGAUACUCAAAGAAAGAUGAAGUGAAGUUCGCCUGGAAUCCAACAAAACCGUUGCACCUAAUUUGUUGGACUCUGAGUGGCAUGAUCAUAAGCUACAACUUUGUUUGGAUGUCUGCUGUCACAGAGACCACAACUGCAUUGGUUAUUGAUAAGUCCAGUGUACUGGUAACUCCCCUUGCUCUGUCCCUCAUGCCACCUCCCAUGUCUCUUUUCAGUCUGAAGUUUCAUACUGCUGUUCAAGACAUUGCCUUCAUUUCUAAGAGCGCAAAGAACUAUAUGGCUGCACACCUCUCUGAUGGCAGUUUGUGUGCCGUGGAGCUUCCUACUAUGGAUUUAUGGGAUCAGUUUGAAGGCAAAGAAUUUGGAAUUGGAACUUGUCUCUCUGAAUUAAAUUUGGGAGCUUUUAUGCAUCUCACUUGGUUAGAUUCACAUAUUCUUCUUGGUGUAUCUUGCUGCCAGGCUACUAACUGUUCAAUGUCAUUGAGGGAAGAUGUUCUUGCACAUCAACAACAGAAACAUGCUAACAAUUAUUAUUUACAGGAGAUUGAACUUGUAUGUUCUGAGGAUUCUGUGCCUGGUUCCGUCAGUUCUUCAGGUUGGCGUGCAAAGAUCUCCAACACAUUGUCGCUAGAGGGACCUGUUAUUGGUAUUGUCCCUAAUCCUGCAAAAAGAUCUUCAGCCUUUGUUCAGAUGAAUGGAGGAUCUGUUUUCGAGUAUACUUCAAAUAUGAGUACCAUGAGGGUUUCUGCAGGGUCACAUUCUCGUGAAUUUGAUUCUGCGUAUGGAUUUCCAUCAUCAUGCCCUUGGAUGAAAGCUGUUGCUAUUCAUGACAAAGGCGUUAUGGGAUCAUUACUUUUUGGGCUUGAUGACAGUGGUAGGCUGCAUGUUGGCAGAAGGGUAUUAUGCAAUAGUUGCAGCAGUUUCUCAUUCUACUCCAAUACCUGCAGAGUUACUGAAGUGGUUUCACACUUGAUUCUUACCACAAAGCAGGAUUUACUGUUUAUUAUCAGUAUUGAUGACAUUUUGCAUGGGGAUCCUGAAGUAAAAUUUGGAAGUUACAGCAGUAGUCAAAAUCAAGGGAAGGAAAAUAAGGAAUAUGUGAAUAUAUGGGAAAGAGGGGCAACGGUGAUUGGUGUUAUGCACGGGGAUGAAGCAGCAGUCUUAUUGCAAACUAAUCGGGGCAACCUCGAAUGCAUUUACCCCAGAAAGUUGGUUCUUGUAUCAAUCAUUAAUGCUUUGGUCCAAGGACGUUUUAGAGAUGCAAUGCUCAUGGUAAGGCGACACAGGAUAGACUUCAACGUGAUUAUUGACUAUUGUGGCUGGAAAACUUUUCUUAAAUCAGCUGCAGAGUUUGUUAGUCAAGUGAAUAAUCUUGGUCACAUCACAGACUUUGUCUGUUCAAUCAAGAAUGAGAAUGUUAUUAAUACUUUGUACAAGCCAUAUAUUUCUCCACCCACUCUCACUGAAAACUCCACAGGACAAUCAGAAGGUUCUCAGGGUUUUGGCACAGAAAACAAGAUUUUUUCUGUAUUGCUGGCAGUUCGGAGAGCCCUUGAGGAACGGAUGAAAGAAAGUCCAGAAAGAGAGCUUUGCAUAUUGACCACUUUAGCUCGUAGCGAGCCUCCUGCUCUAGAGGAAGCACUUAACAGAAUUAAAGUAAUCCGUCAGUUGGAACUGUCUGGGGUUGAUGAUGGUCGGCAAAGAUCGUAUCCUUCUGCCGAAGAAUCUCUAAAGCACCUCUUGUGGUUGACAGAUCCUGAAGCUGUUUAUGAAGCUGCAUUAGGCUUGUAUGAUCUGAACCUUGCUGCCAUUGUGGCAUUAAACUCUCAAAAAGAUCCAAAGGAAUUCCUUCCUUUUCUCAAAGGACUGGAAAACUUGCCUCCUGCUGUUAUGAGGUAUACAAUUGAUCUAAGACUACGUAGGUAUGAGAGUGCACUUAAACAUAUUGUUUCAGCAGGUGAUGCUUAUUAUGAAGAUUGCAUAAAUCUCUUGAAGAAUAACCCUGAACUUUUUCCACUUGGCCUUCAAUUGUUUACCGAUGAUAUCAAGAGGAGGCAGGUUCAGGAGGCAUGGGGUGAUCAUCUUCAUGCUGAAAAAUGCUUUGAAGAUGCUGGUGUGGCUUAUUUAUGCUGUUCCUCAUAUCAGAAAGCCUUGAGGGCAUAUCGUGCUUGUGGUGAUUGGAGAGAUUUGUUUAUAGUAGCCGGACUUCUCAAACUAGGAAAGGAAGAAAUUCUUCAUCUAGCAAAUGAGCUCUGCGAAGAAUUUCAAGCACUUGGGAAUCCAGCCGAGGCUGCUAAAAUUGCACUCGAGUAUUGUGCUGAUGUUGCUAGAGGUGUUAACUAUUUUAUAAUGGCACGAGAAUGGGAUGAGGCUCUUAGAGUUGCUUUUAUGAAUGAAAGGGAGGAUUUAAUCUCUGAUGUGAAGGAUGCAACUUUGGAAUGUGCCACUACGUUGAUAUCUGAAUAUAAGGAGGGAACAGAGAAAGUGGGGAAGUACCUAGCCCGCUACCUAGCUGUGCGUCAAAGAAGAAUAGUUCUUGCUGCUAGAAUUCAAUCCGAGGAUAGAUUGGUGAAUGAUGCUGAUUAUGAUACUGUUUCAGAAACCAGCAGUCGUUUCAGUGAGAUGAGUGCAUACACCACAAGGACAGCAAAGGACUCAGUGGCUUCCAUCAGCUCUAGUACUGCCAGUAAGUCACGAGACAUAAGACGCCAAAGGCACAAGGGUGGAAAAAUUCGUGCUGGAAGCCCUGGAGAGGAGAUGGCACUGGUCGAACAUUUGAAGGGCAUGUCUCUUACUGCCAGUGCUCAACAUGAACUCAAAUCCUUGCUGAAAGCUCUUGUGAUGCUGGGAAAGGAGGAAAUCGCUCAGCAAAUACAAUCUGUAGGAGAUCACUUUCAAUUAACUCAAGAGGCAGCUGUGAAACUGGCUGAAGAUACCAUGACGAAUGAGACUGUUGAUGAAAACACCCAUACCUUGGAGCAUUAUGUGAAAAAACUAAGGGCGCCGCACCAUUUGCAGGCCCUCUGUUGGCAAUCAAAAGUAUUGAUGCCACCUUUGCAGGGGCAUCGAAAUACUGGUGGCUAGCAUGGACAUGUUUGUGAAGAUACACAUGCAGAGCAAUGGCCAUGCGGCUCGGCGAGUGCAAUUUUUUUUUUCUGAGGCAGCAUCAGUGAUUUACAUUUUUUCCCUCGAGUACUGCGGAUUUUUGAUUGUUAUUGCAUGUCUAUAUUUUUUUAUUUUAUGAAUGAUUCAUUCUAAUGGUUUCUGUCAAAAGCUUAUCGCUCGUAUAAUUUUGCAUAUCAAAUUUUGGUUCUUAACCUUAUAUGGCAACCUUGUAAUAUGGAAUAAAGUUUAUUAUCGUAUUAAUUUUUGUCUUGCCUUUUA